AUGGAUAUGGCGGAUCACAUGGCCACGAACGGCAGCGGCGAGCCAACUUUGCAUUUGUCCAGCAGUCUCAAUAACCAUGUGAGGACCAAGAGGUAUCCUAAUGAUGGGAGGAGUCACAGUGCCAGCCAAAGUACAAGUUCGUUGGAUAAGUUGAUCAACUCGGGGUCUUAUGUCGACCACAGAAACCAGUCUGAUCCUUUUCGACUGGUCAACUUGGGCAAAAGAAGAAGUGGCAGUGGAGGCAAGGCUUUUAAGAGAUCAACUCUAAGUGAGGUGGCCAACAACAAUGAUAAUGACAACAACAGCAACAACCCUGCCAGGAGCAAUGAAUCUCCAAAAGGUUCGGUGGAGUCUCCUAGACCUUCCAACUUGCCCUUGACGAACAGAAACUUGCAGCAUUUAUUGAGAAAUUCGGUCUCGACACAGGGAGGCGACGACAAUACAUUUACAGAAGCCGUGGCUCUCGAUAUGGAAAAAUUUGCCAGGGAGCAGAGCCAGCUCGCAAGGUCGUCGUCGUGGCAUCGUCAUCCGUACAAAGAUGACGAGAUUGACGACGAGCAAGAAGAGCGCUAUCUUGACAAUGGCGAAAACUAUUCCGUCAACUCACUUGAGUUUGGUGGCUCGAACCCUUCUUCUGACCAUUCUAGCGAUUCAACGUCGCUCGAUGACGUUUGCUAUUAUGACUACGAAGGCGAAGAUGAAAAAAGAUACGAGUGGCCCAAUUUGGAGAUUCUCGAGGAGUUUGUCAAGGAGGAACUUGAAGAAGCCGAGAAGGAAAGGGAAAAGCAUUUGCUGCAGCACCAGCAACAGCACCAGCAACAGCAACAGCAACACCCUCAGCCUGAGCAUAGUGUGAAUUUUGGCCAAGACGUGGUGCAUGAAAAAGAUUUGAGUUCCAAGCGGCGGUAUGCACCACCGCUACCACCACUGCAAAUGAAAGAAAGCCAGACACAAGACAGCAAGAUGGUGGAUGAAACCACGCCUCUUGUUGUUGAUAACGUGCAAACAAACGAGUUGGAAUCGCUUGCGUCCUUGACUGACUCAAUCAGAAUUCGACCACCUGCUACCCAGCCCUGGGAAAAGUCAAAGGAUCAAAUUCCCACCAUUUUGAAACGCAAGGACUCUCAAUCAAACCACAAGAAAAGUGGCUACAAGGACGGCGAAGUUUGCCGGUACACGUAUUUCAGAGAAGACUUGCCAAAGACCAUUUAUUCACCCACUAUUGGUGGACUUUUGAGCGAUGAUCCCAACUUGAGCAUUUACGACAAGUUGAUCGAGCUCUUUAGACCAAAUUACAAACCUUCGGGGUCAAAUUCUAGCAUUGGCCACCUGUAUCACCAUCAACAUCACCAGCAGCAGCAGCAGCAGCAGCAGCACAACCAUAAGCAUCAAGACUCCUUGGCAUCCACCGUGUUGCAGACACUGAAGGUCCCCAGAUCGGGUAACGAGACCCCUUUGCCUCCGUCAAUCAAUGGAGGAGAACCAUCUUUUGAUCCCUUUUGGCUUGACGUUCUCGACCCCACCGAAGAGGAAAUGAAGGUGAUCUCGCGGACUUUUGGUAUCCACCCACUAACCACCGAGGAUAUCUUUUUGGGCGAAGCAAGGGAAAAAGUCGAACUUUUCAAGUCCUACUACUUCAUUUGCUUUACAUCGUUUGACGUUGUUUAUGAGCGGAGAAAGCAAAGAGCCAAGGAACAGGAGAAAAAAUACAACAAAUUGCAGGAGAUGUACGACAAUCUUUCCGACCUCGGCAGUUUAUACGGCCAGCACCCUGGGUUGAGAAGCAGAUUAAACUGGAUAUUUGGCUUUUUCAAGAAGAAGCGGAAAGCGCCCUCCAUUUCCUUGGAAAAGCCCUUGACGUCCACGGUGAGGUCAAGAAACAAAAAAGUUCGAGAGGGUGAAUUGCAACCGCUCAACAUGUACAUGAUUGUUUUCAAAAAUGCCGUCAUCAGUUUCCAUUUCUCACCCACGCCGCAUCCAAUCAAUGUCAGAAGAAGGGCAAGAAUGUUGAAGGAUUACCUCACCGUUUCCUCCGACUGGAUCUGCUACGCGUUGAUUGAUGACAUCACUGACGCCUUUGCGCCGAUGAUUGAGACAAUUGAAACGGAAGUGAACUCGAUCGAGGAUGCCAUUUUGAGAAUGCAUUCAGGCGAGCACGAGGACUCGGACUCGGACGAUUCGGACGACGAAAAUGCCAGUCACUACUAUAAGCAAAGCAAAAACCGCCGCCGCCAAACGCACCGCACGGCACUUCAUGAUCCUAGCCGCGACAAUGCGUUUGUGUGGAGGCAGCGGUCCAAAUCGUUUGUUGAGCCGAGCCACAAUGGCUUUUUCCGCAUGGCGACAAACCAAACGAUGACCAAGUCGAAAGCCAGCUCGUCGAGCUCGUCGACAUCUGACACGGCAUCGUCUCGCAUCCUCGGGUGGAAACGUAAAGGAGACAUGUUGAGACGAAUCGGCGAGUGCAGAAAGCGAGUCAUGUCGGUGUUGCGCCUUCUCAGCUCCAAAGCCGAUGUCAUCAAGGGGCUAAGCAAACGGUUCAACGACAAUGACAGCGGCAGUUCGCAGCUGGAAAUCGCCAUGUACUUGGGCGACAUCCAAGACCAUAUUGUCACCAUGAUCCAGGCAUUGAACCACUAUGAGAAGCUCUUGGCACGUUUUCACUCCAACUACUUGGCGCAGAUCAACAUCGACAUGACCAAAGUUAACAAUGACACCAACGACGUCUUGGGCAAGAUCACCAUCUUGGGUACCAUUGUGCUUCCCAUCAACGUUGUCACCGGCUUGUGGGGUAUGAAUUGCUUGGUGCCGGGUCAAGACUACGAUGGGUUGCUCUGGUUCUGGUGCAUAGUUGGAGCUAUGGCCCUUUUCAGUAUCAUAGCUUACAAUUACGCCCGAAGGGUUACUGGACUUUAA